GUGAAAGGAUUGAAGGAUCGGACUACAGUACUUGAGGAUAUGGAUAAAGAGCUCGCCAAAAUAUUCCAGUUUAAUCAGGAUCUGAAGGAAUUUGAUGAUUUGCUGACAAAGACGACAUUGUGGAUGGAGGGGAAAGCUAAGGAGAAGCUUGCAACAGUUCGAGCCCCUGAGGACUCCCUCCUCCCACCUGACCCUGAGGAUAGAGUAGGAAGGGUUCUAGAGCUAUCAGAGGAUCUAACCAAGAGAGAUAAAGCCUGCUCUGUCCUAGAGGAAAAGACUGCUCAGUUAUUCCCUGGACCCGGAGAAAAGGUUUCCAAGGAUGCGAAGGAUCUUCUGGAGAGAUUAAAGAGCUUGAGAUCCUCCAUCACCACACUACAGGAGGAGGUUCAGAGGGAUUUCGCGCAGUACAGCAAGGAUGUCAGGUACUUUGCGGAGUACCAGACCGGGUUACAAGAGUUCUAUCCUAAACUUGUUGCAUACGAAACCAAGAUUGGAGAAGGACUAACUGUUCCAGAGAAUCUUGAGAGUGGUUUGAGGAUGAAGGAUGCGUGUGAAAAGUUUGCAUCAGACCUAGAGAAGAACAGGAAGGUUCUAGAAGAUGCUAAACUAACUGCACAGAACAUGACUCAUCACAGCUACUGUGACGUAACAGUGGAACAGUUUACUGAAAGAUGUGAUAAGUGUGACAUCGUAGCUAAGGAGUGGUUGAGCCACGUGAACGAUCUUGUGACCAGCUGGAGUCAUCUUGAAGGUCAGGUUCAAACCUUGGGAAACUUUGUUUCAUCCCCGGAGCAGCAGCUGGAUAUACCCAUAGAGCAGCUCGAGGAACAGCUCAAUAUACUCAAGGGAAGCUUCAAGGAGAAGCAGCAGAUGGUCAAGAAUAUGGAGGAUAAAUGCAAAAAGGCGGAGGCGGUUAAAACUCCAGGCGGAUUAAACAUAAAUCUACGGAGAAUGACAAUUGCUCCGGCCGGAAUGAUGGCUCGAAAAAUUAGUGUUAUGCCGGAUAAAGCUCCUCAGAUAGGGCUUUAAAUAUAUAAACCUGCUUGUUUAGGCCUUAUUUAUUUUUUAAAAAAAUAUUCAAACCUUGAAUUUUAUUCUUUUGUUUAAAGUAUUGUGUUUUUAAUCUUAACUGUAAUACAUCCUUUCUUCAUUUUACCGAACUAGAUUUUCCGCUCCUUGAUAUUGCACAUAUUUUAAACCUGAGUUUGAAAAUACGUACAUUUACAGAAAUAUUUAAACAUGUUUCCUUCUCCAUAGUUUUCAAUAACAAUUAAAUAAAAACAGUUCACUUGUGUAACUUGUAAUUCGUACAUUAGAUUUGAAAUACAAAAUAAAACUUU